UCUGUGGUUCUUGUCUAAUGGAGCAUUUGCGCGAUCGUUCAUAAUUUUAUUUACCAUCAUAUUUUAUUACACACAACUAAAAAGAGUAUAAUUUUUAUAUGGUUAUUCGUCCACAUCAAUGGUGUAAAUUUUGAGAUAUGUGUAAUUUAACUAAGUAAAUUUAUUUUGAUAUAGCCUUCAUGAUCUCAUGACAAAAGGCCUUGCAGUACGCAUAGAUUUACAAAUGUGUUGUUUUGGUAGAUAAUGGAUCCAAGAAUGUGUAGAAAAAUCAGUAGUAGCGAAAGUCUUCCAGAUGCGGACAAUGUGGAAUAUGAGGUAUCAAACAUCAUUGCACCGCAAGAGAGCGACGACAAUUUCAUGCUGGAUGGAAGUCCCGAGCCUCACUCUGUGACAUGGCUAGACAACGAUCAAAUAGAUGAAUUAGAUCUUAAUUUAGACCAAACUAAUUUAUGUUUUCAUAGAGUUGAUAGCGCAGAUAUAAUUUAUAGAAGCAAGAAGAAAAAAUGCAAAAUGGUAGGAAAGUAUGUAAUGGGAGAUGUGUUGGGGGAGGGUUCGUAUGGCAAAGUUAAAGAGAUGCUGGACUCUGAGACGUUGUGUAGACGAGCUGUUAAAAUAUUGAAAAAGAGGAAACUGAGAAGAAUACCGAAUGGUGAACAGAAUGUACAGAGAGAAAUACAACUGCUGAGAAUACUUAGACACAAAAAUGUGAUAGAACUAGUCGAUGUUAUGUAUAAUGAUGAGAAGCAGAAAAUGUACCUUGUGAUGGAAUUCUGUGUUGGUGUACUCCAGGAUAUGUUGGAAGGAAGUCCAGGCAAAAAGUUUCCUCAGCGGCAAGCCCAUGACUACUUCACACAGCUCCUGGACGGCUUAGAGUACUUGCAUGGUCAGGGGGUUGUUCACAAGGAUAUCAAGCCAGGAAACCUGUUGCUGACUCUAGACCAUACACUGAAAAUCACUGAUUUUGGGGUUGCUGAGGCUUUAGACAUGUUUUCGCCCGAGGACACAUGUUACACGGGUCAGGGGUCGCCAGCAUUUCAGCCGCCAGAGAUCGCAAACGGCGCCGAACAAUUCUCCGGCGUCAAAGUUGAUAUCUGGAGCAGUGGAGUUACAUUGUACAACAUGACGACGGGCCGGUACCCGUUCGAGGGUGACAACGUAUACCGAUUGCUGGAGUCGAUCGGUCGCGGCGAGCCGGCGCCGCCGCCUCCCUCGCUGGGCCCCACGCUCGGCUUGCUUCUAACCAACAUGCUCAAGAGGGACCCAGAUCUCAGGCCCACUGUGCACGAAAUUAGGAGGCACUCUUGGGUGCAAGCUCGUCCGCCGCUAGAAGCCGGGGAGCGGCUGGUGACGCCGCGGUCGCGUCGCUCGGACGAACUUCACACCUCUACCGUCAUCCCGUACCUGGUGGAACGACACUACCCCUCCGCGCAGGAGUAUUUUACUGAACGGGAUUAUAGGCAUGAGCUGGGCGACGGCGGUUCGCGUACGUUAUCGACUGCCGAGCUGUCGGACGCGGAGUCGAGCCGGCGCAAGCGGCGCUGGCACUCGUCGUGCGGUCGCCUGCCCUCCUGCCGCCUCACCUGAUGUCACUCUACAACCCCCAUACACCUCACCCCAAACCACUUUGCCGUCCCGAAGCUAGCCACUAGUCACUGCGCACUCAAAACGUACGAACAAAAUCCAAAUGUACCAACUGCGCAUGCCCUAGAAAAAACACCUAACUUCAGAGCGGCAAAGUUGUAAGACUUGAACUGUACUUAUCGCGUGUUACACUCCCCCUUUUCCUGUCAAAAUUAAACACCCUAGAAAUAAUUUAUGUUCGUUUUGUGUUAAGCAUAUGCUCCGAACAAAAUUGGCUUUGGAAUACUUAAUGUUGCUAUUUAUUUGUUCGUAUAUAUGGUUGUUACGAGUAGUUUUCUAUAUACUCCUCUAAAUAGUAAUGCAAUUAGAGCUUUAUACGAAAUAUGUGUUUGAAUGCGUAUGUUGAGAGACCAAUUAUUUUAGUAAAUUUUCUUAUAUGAUAUUCAGUCACAUACUUCUAUUAGAGCUAAUAUUACCAUAGACAUAUUUAUGAUAUUGAAUAAGCAAGGAGUUCAUGCGAUGACAAAACAAAAAUAUAUCAAGGAUGUUAAAUAGUACCUGUUUGAUUUGUCUUUCAUGGUGUAUGAUGUACAGUGAAUUUGUAUUUAGAGUAAUAAUUAGUAGAUCUCAAAUUUUAACGUGGCAAUAAAAAGAUAAUAUUUUUAUAAAAAAUAUCGCUAUAAAACCAAAUUAUAAUAGAGUUCUUGCCAAGAGGGAACCGAUUAUAUUAUCAUUUUUAGUUUUGAUUUUCUUUUUUUUGUUGCAUUGUGGUGCAUGAUAUUAUCGAUCAGCAGAAAUUGUGAUUGCACUGGUCGUCUGCGCCCACGCUUCUCACUGGUUCGAUCGACGGACAAAUGCGUUCCUGACUGUGACAAGUAACUAGCUUGCAAUAUUUGUUUGAAUGGUUUUGGGUAUGUUCGAAUUUCUUAUUAUUUUAGUUGUUAGAUGUAAAGUACAAGUUAUUAUGGCGAUUAUUAUACAUUAAAAAAAAUGUUUGUGUAAUAUCGUUGAAACUUUAAAGCCAUUGAUUGGAAUUUAUAAAAAGAAGAAUGUUAUGGGAUGCGAACAAAUUGCUGCAUGGUUUGGAAAUUAUAAAGGGACACUGCUUGUACACACUUCACCGUGUUGUGUACCUACUUCUUGAUAAUCUCUUUUCCCAUCUCAACACCUCUGACGGACCUCACUUUUUGUAACUUAUUUGUAAUGAAUGUAAAUUACUUUAGUAUUUAGGUAUUAUUAGGUAAACAAACGCAUGAUUUUCUGUACUUCUAUUUUGGAUUGUUGUUAGUGCAUCAUUUGUAUAUUGGACCGACGUUUUAUAUACGUUUGGUAAAUGAUGCGAAUAUUUCACUAUUUACUUCUGCGCUAAAUUGUUUGUUCACUUAAUGUUAUUUAGUUGUGCAAUAACUGUUAUAACUUGAUGGAAUGCCGUUGUAGUUCGUAGUUUAGGUUAAAGCUUACUUAAGCCAUAUUGUAAUGAGAUUAUUGCGCAGGUGAUCUCUUCACGCCAAAGGCGGAUUUUGCUAAAAGUAUUUAAUUUAACUGUAAUAGUUUGUGUCCACUUAUGUUGCACUUGUAUUUUGAAAAGUGAGGUCUUACAUAUUACUGUUAAAACGUGUGUUUACGCUUAAAUAAAAUGAAAGGAUGUAUGUUUAGUGCCUGAAAUGAAAAAUAACGUAAAAAACUGAAAAAAAUUAAAGAGAAUAUUAAUAUAUUGUAAAUAAAAAGUCAAAGUAAUGUGUA